AUGGUUCAGGGUCUGCAGGUGGACAGACAGGUGGCCGUGAACGCGUACGGGACAGAAAGGGAUGGAAUGGAACAAGAGUUUCUCACUCAUCCUCUCGCCAAUCAGUCUGCAGAAGAAGAGACGGAAUUGAAAUUGUUGGCAGGGUCCGUUCGAGAGGUUGAGAGUGUACUUUACCGCUGGUACAACAAGUACCUCGUCUCAUACCUGGACCGAGCAUGA